CAACACCGGAAGUGGAUAUAGCUAGAGCUAGAUAGCCACUGGGUCUAUGGUCUAUCCACACCACUAAACACACUGGUUCACGAUCCUGUUAACAAUACACAUCUGACUGGUUGAUUUCCAAGCCUUUGUGGACCAGGAGGGGUCAUAUUAAUCCACAAUGGCGGAUAUAAAAAACUUCCUUUAUGCCUGGUGUGGUAAGAAGAAAGUAACUCCUGACUAUGAAGUUAAAGCAGCUGGAAACAAAAACAGGCAGAAGUUUUUGUGUGAAGUCCGUGUUGAUGGCUUUAGUUACACUGGAAUGGGCAAUUCCAGCAAUAAAAAGGAUGCCCAAUCCAAUGCUGCCAGAGACUUUGUCAACUACCUUGUCCGAGUUGGUGAAAUGAAUGGUGCAGAGGUCCCAGCACUGGGGGCAAGCGUUCCUGACUACAGUGUGCCGGAUGGUGGUGGAGCUGGUGCUGAUAGCUUUGGAAGUCUUCCUCCCAGUGGACCUUUACCACCUCAUCUGGUGGUGAAAACUGAGCAAGCAAAUCACUCAGGACCAGUCCCUGGCGUGACUGGUUUGGGAUACUCUGGAGGUGGAGAACAUACCCAGUGUGGUGGUGGAGGCGGAGGGGCUCCGUGGGACCGUGGAGCCAACCUGAAGGAGUACUACUCUAAAAGAGAUGAGAUGGAAGCACAGGCGACUUUGGAGUCUGAGGAGGUUGAUCUGAACGCGGGUCUCCAUGGAAACUGGACCCUUGAGAACGCCAAGGCCCGUCUGAACCAGUUCUUUCAGAAGGAGAAGAACCAAACUGAUUACAAAUAUACCCAAGUGGGGCCUGACCACAACAGGAGCUUUAUAGCAGAGAUGCAGUUGUUUGUGAGGCAGCUGGGUAGAAAAGUCAUAGCUCGAGAGCAUGGUUCAAAUAAGAAACUUGCGGCCCAGUCCUGUGCCCUAUCGAUUGUCCGCCAGCUGUACCAUCUGGGUGUGAUUGAGACCUACAGUGGGAUAGCAAAGAAAAAAGAGGGAGAAACUUUGGAGGCCAUUGAGGUUAAUGUUCAGGACGAUUUGCAGAAUCAGUUGCAGAGCUUGGUCCAAGACAUGGGUGUUGAAAUUCCUCCAGCACCUCAGGAUUCCACAAGUCCACCCGUGUCUCUAAUCCAGGGGAAGAUGGCUAUGUUUGAGCCUUCUCAGAGGCAGAGUACGGCAGGGGUGGUUCCCUGGUCCCCCCCCCAGAUUAACUGGAACCCCUGGACCAGCAGCAACAUUGAUGAAGGACCGCUGGCAUUUUGCACACCAGAGCAGAUCAGCUCAGACCUUCACUAUCAGCUGACCGAGCAGCUGGAGCAAGAUGUCAACCUACAGAAGAUCAUUGCGGAGCGAGAUGGCCUUCCAGUGAAGAAGUUUGAGUCUGAAAUUUUGUCCGUCAUUGAGCGCAACCCAGUGGUCAUUAUCCGUGGGGCGACCGGCUGUGGUAAGACCACCCAGGUGCCCCAGUACAUCCUGGACCAGUUCAUCAAGAACAAGCAGGCAUCCAACUGUAACAUUGUUGUAACUCAGCCGAGGCGCAUCAGUGCUGUGUCUGUGGCUGAGCGCGUGUCUUACGAGAGAGGGGAGGACGUGGGGAACAGCUGUGGCUACAGCGUCCGCUUUGAGUCCAUCCUUCCUCGUCCACACGCUAGUAUUCUUUUCUGUACUGUCGGUGUGCUACUUCGUAAGCUAGAGGCAGGCAUCCGAGGAAUCAGCCAUGUGAUUGUUGAUGAGAUCCAUGAGAGAGACAUCAACACUGACUUCCUGAUGGUGGUCCUGAGGGACGUGAUCCAGGCCUACCCAGAGGUACGGAUAAUCCUCAUGUCUGCCACCAUUGACACCACCAUGUUCAGCGAAUACUUUUUGAACUGCCCUGUCAUUGAGGUCUUCGGACGGACAUUCCCUGUACAAGAGUAUUUUCUGGAAGAUUGCAUUCAGAUGACCAGAUUCAUUCCACCCAUGGAUAGAAAGAAGAAAGAAAAGGAUGACGAAGGUGGAGAGGAUGAGACAAACUGCAAUGUCAUCUGUGGGCCCGAAUACACCCCUGAGACCAAGCGCUCCAUGGCCCUGAUGAGUGAGAAGGAGACUCCGUUUGAACUUGUGGAAGCCCUGCUCAAGUACAUAGAGACCCUGCAGGUGGCUGGAGCUGUGCUGGUUUUCCUGCCUGGCUGGAACCUCAUCUUCUCCAUGCAGAGACACCUGGAAAUGAACCCUCACUUCAGGAACCAGCGGUACAGGAUUCUGCCCCUCCACUCUCAGAUCCCCAGAGAGGAGCAGCGCAGGGUGUUUGAGCCUGUGCCUGAUGAUGUCAGGAAGGUGAUCCUGUCUACCAACAUUGCCGAAACCAGUAUCACAAUCAACGAUGUUGUAUAUGUCAUCGACUCCUGCAAGCAGAAAGUGAAGCUGUUUACAUCCCACAACAACAUGACCAACUACGCCACCGUGUGGGCGUCCAAGACCAACCUGGAGCAGAGGAAGGGGCGGGCAGGACGCGUUCGUGCUGGAUUCUGCUUCCACAUCUGUAGUCUUGCACGCUUUAACAAACUUGAAACCCAUAUGACCCCAGAGAUCUUCCGCACCCCUCUUCAUGAGGUGGCACUUAGCAUCAAGCUACUGAGGCUGGGAGCUAUCGGCCACUUCCUGUCCAAGGCCAUCGAGCCCCCACCUCUUGAUGCUGUCAUCGAAGCCGAACACACGCUGAGAGAACUGGAUGCUCUAGACGUAAACGAUGAGCUAACACCACUCGGACGUAUCUUAGCGAAGCUGCCCAUUGAGCCAAGGCUUGGGAAGAUGAUGAUAAUGGGAUGCAUAUUCAAUGUUGGAGAUGCAGUGUGCACCAUCUCAGCUGCCACUUGUUUCCCAGAGCCUUUCAUCAGCGAGGGCAAACGAUUGGCUUUUGUGCACCGCAACUACGCAGGCACCAGGUUCUCUGAUCAUGUGGCACUGCUGUCAGUCUUCCAGGCCUGGGACGAUGUUAGAAUGAGCGGAGAAGACGCCGAAACCAGAUUCUGUGACCACAAAAAGCUCAACAUGUCUACUCUGAGGAUGACCUGGGAGGCCAAGGUACAGCUGAAAGAUAUCCUCAUCAACUCUGGAUUCCCUGAAGAAUGUUUGAUGACCCAGAUGUUCAACAACGUUGGACCAGACAACAACCUGGACGUGGUCAUCUCCCUGCUGACGUUUGGCUCCUACCCCAACGUUUGCUACCACAAGGAAAAAAGAAAGAUCCUCACCACCGAGGGGCGCAAUGCCCUCAUUCAUAAGUCCUCUGUCAACUGUCCCUUUAGCAACCAUGACAUGACCUACCCCUCGCCCUUCUUUGUCUUUAGCGAAAAGAUCCGAACUCGAGCCAUUUCGGCCAAAGGAAUGACACUAGUCAGCCCUCUGCAGUUGAUCCUGUUCGGCUCCAAGAAGAUCACAUCAAACGGGGAAAUCGUUGAACUGGAUGAUUGGAUCAAACUAAAGGUUCCUCAUGAGGUGGCGGGGAGCAUUGCGGCUCUGAGGGCUGCUAUGGAGGCCCUGGUUGUUGAAGUAACCAAGGACCCAGAGUAUAUCCGACAGCUGGACCCCACCAAUGAGCGGCUGCUCAACCUCAUCCGUCAGAUCUCCAAGCCUUCUGCGACAGGGCUUAACCUCAUGGCCAACAACCAACGUUUUGGUGAUGGCCCCCGUCCUCCCAAGAUGGGUCGUUUUGAUGGAGGUGGUUAUCAAGGAGGAGGAGGCUACAGGGGAGGAGACAGAGGUUAUCGAGGAGGGGGUUAUAGGGGUGGAAGUAGUGGGUACAGAGGUGGUGGUUCUGGCAGUUAUCGAGGAGGGGGUUAUGGUGGUGGUGGUUCUGGCGGUUAUCGAGGAGGGGGUUAUGGUGGUGGUGGUUCUGGCGGUUAUCGAGGAGGGGGUUAUGGUGGUGGUGGUUAUGGUGGAAACAGGGGUGGGUACUAGAACACCUCAAUGUAUAGUACAUUUUGUUGUGAUC